AUGUCUGAUGCUGCAAUUUUCCGCUCUGUUCCCCAACAAGCCCAGUUGAUCGACUUCAAGAUCAAAGGUCUCGACGUUGUCUUCGGUAAACCUGUGGUUGGUGCUGUUGCUCCUGCGAAUGAUUGGGUUAACUAUCCUAAGUUCUCGACAAUAACAACAACUGGUUUAGAAGACGUCGAACAGUGGCCCGGACUCAAUGCCACUACUGAUAUGCUCCAAGAUGAUGACCUUGCUAUGACCUUGGAUUAUGCUGUCCCUGACUUUCACGACGAGAAGGUCACUCUCCCAAUCUUUGAUGUGUCUAAACCUGAGACUCAAAGAUAUCGUGCCCUUUGUGAAGAGUACAGCUCACUCUUUGUCAAUAAGCCUGGUCAUUGUGAUCUUGUGGAGCAUUGUAUCCCCGUUACCGACGAGGUUCCUAUUGCUGAGAGAACCCGCCCCUUGCCACAUAAAUGGCGUGCGGAAAUAUCAGCGCAACUUGAAGAGUUGGAGCGUGAUGGUCUCAUUGUCCGUUCGACUUCCCCGUACAAAUUCCCUUGUGUCUUUGUACCGAAGAAAAACGGUAAGGUCCGCAUGUGUGUGGAUUAUCGGUCUUUGAAUAAGGUUGCCAAAGUGGAUUCCUACCCGUUACCACGACCCGAUGACGUACAAGAACACUUAUCUGGGGCCAGUGUCUUUUCGAUUCUAGAUUUGAGAAGUGGAUACUGGCAGAUGAAGGUCCGACCUUCGGAUCGUCACCGCACGGCGUUCUGUCCCGGCCCCGGAUUUCCUCUCUUUGAGUGGGUUCGGAUGCCUUUCGGACUCUCUAAUGCCCCAGCUAGCUUUCAACGGCUUAUGGACCUUGUACUGGGAAGAUUCAACUUUGUUCGUAUCUAUCUGGACGACAUCUUGAUCUUCUCUCGUUCCGAACAAGAACAUCUACACCAUCUGAAGCUGGUCUUUGAUGCUCUUCGUGAAGCCGGGUUGACCUUAGCUGGAGACAAGUGUUCUAUUGGCAUGGACUCGGUUACGUACCUUGGACAUCGAUUCUCUGCUCAGGGUAUGUCCCCCGAUCGAGCAAAGGUCGACGUUAUUGAGUCGUGGCCAACACCCCGAACAGCGACUGAUCUACGAAGCUUUCUUGGCUUGGCCGGUUACUACCGUCAUUUUAUUCCGCAUUUUUCGGAUCGUGCUAAAGUCCUACAACAGCUUCAGACGACCUGCAGCAAGGAUGACGUUACGGUGACCGACCUUUGGACUGAAGACCAUUCGGUAGCGUUCGUGGAUAUUAAGAAAGCCCUUGCCGAUCUUCCAUUCUUGGAUUAUCCUGACUUCAAUCGACCUUUUGAGAUGGCCUGUGAUGCGUCUCACUAUGCUAUUGGUGGCGUCUUAGAACAAGAUGGUAGACCUCUAGCUUUCUAUAGCCAGACUUUGACUGGUUCUCAGUUGAACUGGCCGGUUUACGAGAAGGAAGCUUACGCCCUUCUCAAGUGUCUCGAUCGGUUUCGACACCUUCACUAUGGGUAUAAACUUCGAGUAACGGUCUAUUCGGAUCAUCGACCUCUACAAUGGUUGAAAACGGCGACUUCGACGAAAUUACAACGAUGGUUACUGGCCCUACAACAAUAUCAAUUCGAUGUUGUGUAUAUCCCUGGUAAACAAAACACUCGUGCUGAUGCUCUAUCACGAGUUCGUCAACCUCAACCAGUGGUGAAUGAUAAGCCGACUGUCGUUCCCCGACCUGUUGGCGUGGUUACUCUGCACGAAGCCUUCUCUAAGGACGAUAUUCUCCGAGCUCAAAAGGCAAGCCCGAUUAUUCGUCAACUGUAUACACGGCUGCUCGACGCCCAGCCUUUGCGUAGGAAUGAGCUUGCGGCUAUGGAAUUCCGUCCGUACCGGCGUGUAUGGAAGACUUUGGGUAUCGCUGACGGUUUG